AUGGAUGAGCCGGGUAUGGGAAAAUCCACCAAACUGGUGAGAUUAGCAAAGGAAAUGAAAGACAAUAAUGGAAGUAAGUGGAUUAUUUUCGUAAAAUUGACAAGUUAUAGAAAACAGCUUGAAUCUUCUGAACUGAAAAAUGGUCUCAGUUUCCUGAAUGAAGUUGAAAAUUUGAAGCCAACUAAUUUCAAAAAAAAAAUAUUAGAAUACUGCAUUCAAAAAGAUCGGGUCGUCCUGUUUCUCGACGGGCUAGAUGAAAUUUUACCUAAAUAUAAAGAUAGAGUGAUCCAGCUAUUAAAUUUAACACAAAACACAUGGAUAACUACAAGGGAAUGUAGUAGUAUAGAAAAAAGCUUAAAAAACAAUUUUGUCUGCUAUAGGCUAGAGCCAUUGACUCCCAAUCAACAGAAAGACUUUUUGAUGAAAUACUUUGAAAAACUUUCACCUGAUUUAAAAGCUACUCGCAUUGAAAAUUUAUCCAAAGAAAUACUCAACAAAACUAAAGAUAUCGGUGAGAGUUUUGCUAGUAAUAUUUUACAUUUGAAAAUGUUGGCUGAGAUUUAUUUGUCAGAAGGCAAACUGAACUUGUUCCAACUGUAUCAAAAAUUUGCCGAAAAAAAAUAUGAUAUUUAUUUUGAGGAGAAAAUUAAACUGGACCAAUCAGGCGUCAUUAAUUUCGACUAUCUAAAAAGAUUAGCCAUAAUUCAACUAGAAAAAGCGCACAGGAGGUUAGCUGUUAGUAUUUUGUUUCCAGAAUGGGGACGAAGGCUUUUAAAUAGUGAAGAAGUAAUAACUUUUGAAGAUAAAAAAUUAGAAAGUUUCGAAAAACAGGAGUUACAAAGGGUCGGUUUUAUGAGAUAUGUGGAUAAUGAUAUUAGCAGUUUUAAUUUUAUUCACCAUACUUAUGCUGAAUAUUUUAUUGCAAAUUUUCUUUCUGAUGUAUUGUUGAAAAAACGUAGCAUUCCUAGAAGCAAGCGUUAUGCGCUCAUUAUUAUUCAGAAGGACAAUGAGAGUGCCCUACUUUUGUUCUGUCAAUUAAGAGACUUGGCGUCGCCUGAGAAUAAGAAAGUUAAUAGACUUUCAGAGUAG